GUUGUACGUAACGACUGCAGUAUGUAGCCCCGCCUUUCUCAUUGACGGCAAAAUGGCGACGGAGAGCUGUGAUGCUGUGAACAUGGACCCUGACAUGGAACUGCUCAGCGAUGAAGAAUUAGAAAGGGAAGCAGAGAGCUUCAAAGAACAAGGCAAUGCUUUUUAUGUCAAGAAGGAUUAUGCAGAAGCAUUCAAUUAUUACACCAAGGCCAUUGAUAUGUGCCCAAAGAAUGCAAGUUACUAUGGAAAUCGGGCAGCGACACUAAUGAUGUUGUGCCGGUAUAGAGACGCUCUAGAGGAUUGCCAGCAAGCAGUACGACUAGACAACACCUUCAUCAAGGGCCAUCUGCGAGAGGGCAAGUGCCACCUGUUGCUUGGGAAUGCUAUGGCUGCCAGCCGCUGUUUCCAGAGAGUUCUAGAGCUGGAGUCAGACAACAGCCAGGCCCAGCAGGAGGUGAAGAAUGCAGAAUCUAUCCUUGAAUAUGAGAGAAUGGCAGAGAUUGGAUUUGAGAAGAGAGAUUUCAGGAUGGUUGUCUUUUGCAUGGACCGUGCCUUGGAUUCUGCCUCCGCUUGUCACAAGUUCAAGAUACUAAAAGCAGAGUGUUUAGCCCUGCUGGGGCGAUACCCCGAGGCUCAGUCUGUAGCCAGUGAUAUUCUUCGAAUGGACUCCACUAACGCGGACGCUCUGUACGUGCGUGGUCUUUGUCUGUACUAUGAGGACUGCAUUGAUAAGGCUGUGCAGUUCUUUGUCCAGGCCCUGCGUAUGGCUCCUGACCACGACAAGGCUCGGCUUGCGUGCAGAAAUGCCAAAGCGCUAAAAGCCAAGAAGGAGGAAGGAAACAAGGCAUUCAAGGAGGGAAACUAUGAGGCAGCAUGUGAGCUGUACUCUGAGGCACUAACAAUAGACCCUAAUAACAUCAAGACAAAUGCCAAGCUGUACUGUAAUAGAGCUACAGUCGGAUCAAAGCUCAAGAAACUAGAACAGGCCAUUGAAGACUGCACGAAGGCCAUCAAACUGGAUGAGACCUACAUCAAGGCCUAUUUAAGGAGAGCACAGUGCUACAUGGACACGGAGCAGUACGAAGAGGCAGUGCGGGACUAUGAAAAGGUUUACCAGACAGAGAAGACAAAAGAACACAAGCAACUCCUGAAGAAUUCCCAGCUGGAACUGAAGAAAAGCAAACGGAAAGAUUACUACAAAAUCCUCGGGGUGGAUAAGAACGCAACAGAAGAGGAGAUCAAGAAAGCUUACCGCAAACGGGCACUUUUACAUCACCCAGACCGUCACAGUGGAGCUAGUGCUGAGGUACAGAAGGAAGAGGAAAAGAAGUUUAAGGAAGUGGGCGAAGCUUUCAGCGUGCUUUCUGACGCAAAGAAAAAGUCUCGCUACGACACCGGACAGGAUCUAGAGGAUGACGGCAUGAACAUGGGAGAUUUUGAUGCCAACAACAUUUUCAAGGCAUUCUUUGGAGGUCCAGGGGGUUUUAGUUUCGAAGCAUCUGGACCUGGAAAUUUCUUCUUCCAGUUUGGUUAAUUGGAAGAGUCGACUACCUAAACAGUUACUACAUCAGGACUUUCCAACAAUGUCAACCCCACAACCCAUCAUCUGUAUUUAAUAACUGACUGAUUUGCAAGUCAGUUUCCUGUAUAUGCCAUUGACUGAAUGAAUGCAACCCAAUGCAGCAAAUGCCCAUCUAGCAAAGGACGCCAAGUUGGCUCAAAAUGAGUUGGUAGUUUUACUGGUUUUGGAUUUAGUUUUCUUCCUUCCAGAAUUAAACAAACUUGAAAGUCGGUAAUGGCUAACAACACUGGUCCAAAUAGUCUGGAUUUUUCAAAUAGGAAAGAUUGCACAGCUAUUAUAUUAGAGCUUUUAGGGAUCCAUGCAGGAAGUGCCAUCCUGGGGAAAACUCUCGAGCAAGCUAUUAUCCUGCUCAUCUCAACUUACUGCUGAGGGGGGGUAUUCUCUGCAUGACAGUUAAUAACUUGCUCAGUGAUUUGUGAUGGAAAUCACUGAGCAAGUUGCACCAUCCCCGUUUUUUUUGACGAAUCUGUCACACAGACAGUUGGCUGCUACGAAUUCGCACUGAAAACUGCCUCCUUGUCAUAAGCCUUUGGGAGCACUCAAUCUUCUUUUUUAAGUUGACAACAGCUGGAGUCUAGACCUACGCAUGUAAUUCAGCCGAAGCACACUAGAAAGGCGGCAGAGGAGACGGCCGUGCUGGUUCUGUUGUCAGCAAAGUCUCCGUCCCUUCUGUUGUUUCACAUUUGAUGUUGCCAUUCACAGAUUGCUGCAUUGUACAUUUUACUGGAAUGUAAAGUGUUGAUUUGUGAUAAUAGUUGAGUUUCUUUUUUUCCAUUUUUUUAUCGUCAUAAUGUAUAUUUAUUGUAAAUUUGCUGUCUGAUAUAAACAUCAGCGUAAGAUGAAGAUGCUCUUCUCCUAAGAUUGAAAGAGGCACCCACCAUGAACACUACGUUGGGAAAAGAAAUAACCAAAAAAACUCAGGAAGAUGAUUGGUUUGCUAGAUCUGCAUGGCAUUUUAAGCUCAAAUAGAUUACAGUAUACAGUAGAGGUUAUUUGACAUUGAAGCUGUCUAAUUUUAUUCAAUGCAAGGUGGAGGCAUCGAGCAAAAGUGACAACUUUAUUGCUCCACAUAAAGUGAAAUCUGUUUGCUGUUGUCCAAAAUGUUCAGGUGCUGUGUGAUGAUUGAAACGUAGGAAUGUUUAAUCAUUUCCCCAUUAGUCCAUUGGUGCACUUGAGUAUGAAGAGUGUCCUCAUUUUGCUCUGAUUGUUUUUGCUCUUUAUGGUGAGAGUGAGACCAUCCACUCUUUUCCCUGGAAAAGUACCAGCCAUGACAAUAAAGUUGGCCUCCUCUGGGUUUCCCCUAGAUUGA